AUGGACCAACAGAACGCCAUACUGAACGAUAGACUACUCGACCCGGAUCGAAUCUGCCUCUCUCACGUCUGGAACUCGAGCACCGCGCACUUUCGGCCAUGUUUCCUGCCUUUCAUUGCCACACUCCCUGCGAUUUUGGGUGCUGUGAUCCUCCUCGUACAGGUCCUUCGAGUGUUCAUUAAAUGGCACCCAAAAUGGACGCAGCCGUUCGUCCAGGAAGACUUCCCCGAAGUCUUUCCCGAAAUUGAGGGAGUCAAAGGAAGAUGGACCGCCAAGUCCUUUACUCUUGCGGUGCUCUGCGCCUCUGGUCUCGUUGUCCGAAUGGCAGCCUCGCUCCUCCUCGACCACCGCUCCGCGCUGGCAUUGACUCCUGUUCUACCAUGGUUCAUUGCCGUGUUGGAGAUCAUGCUGUACCGCCCUCGAACGGUGCCUUAUGCGAUUCUGGGAGUUCUGGUGGCGAGCACUAUCGCGGAAGCCAUUCUACUGGAAAAUUACCGGUGGAAUGAUACCCGUAUAUUCAUUCUCAACAGCAUUAGCACUGCUCUAGGAGUACUGGCCACGGCGCUUACACUGGUCAUGCCAUUCAGAGAUCCGCUCCUCCCUUCCAAGGACACUAGCAUGCCCUUCACCACUCCGACCUCGUACCUUCGCAGCCCUGAGGAAGCUCUCAGCCCAUGGCUAUUCAUGACAGUCAGAUGGAUGACACCUUUGUUGGCAGUGGGUAGCAAGCGUCAGCUCGAAGACGAAGACGUCUGGUCGCUACCCCAUGAAUUUCAACAUCGGUUCCUGCAUCAUAACUUCCGCCAGCUAAAGGGAACAGUCAUCCGCCGCAUUCUGCGCGCCAAUGGCCUCGACCUUCUCAUCAUUACUCUUCUGGGAAUAUUCGAGCAAAUCGCGGAGUAUGCAGAACCAAUCUUUCUGCAGCUCAUUCUGGCAUCAAUGCGGGAUGAAACAAGCCCCAAGAGAGUCGCACUCACAUAUGCUGGGAUGGCUCUUUGCGUACGCCUACUGAAAACGCAAUCGGGAGUCUUCAACCUAUGGUUUGGAAGAAGAGCUUACGAGCGGUCAAGAGGAGAAAUGAUCACGAUGUUGUACGAAAAGACACUCGGCCGGAAGAUCUCAUUUCAGCCACCCGAGAUCGUAAAAGCCCAGAACGGUCAUUCCGAUGGCAAUGGCAACGGCGAAGAAACACCAAAACCAACGCCGUCGGGUUGGUGGAGCAGGACGCUCUCCAAAAUGACCUUCGCCAAAUCUCCGCCACCUCCCGCCAAAGAACCCGCCUCCAUGGGCAAGAUUCUCAACUUGAUGCGCAAUGAUGUCUACGAGGUUGCUCAGCGUCUUUGGGAAUUUGAUCAGAUCRUCCGCAAACCAAUCGCCAUAAUCUUCUCCGUCUCGCUGGUGGUAGCCUAUCUCGGCUGGCCUGCGCUUAUGUCGGUGGCGCUCGUGAUUCUGGCACAAUUCAUGAACGCCAUCCUCGCUCGUGUCCUGGUCUGGUACGAGAAGAAACGACGCACUGCCACCGACUUGAAACUCCAGCUCAUCUCGCMAUUUGUUGAGGCGAUACGUCAUCUUCGAUGGUACGGCUGGCAAGGCGCAUGGCUCUCCAAGAUUCUCACGGCAAGACAGAAAGAGCUUUGGCUGAGGGUUCUGACCACUGUUUGGAGACUCGUUGUCGGGUUCAUCAACACGCUGAGCUACGAUCUGACGCCUGUGGUAGCCUUCUACAGCUACACCGUGAUUGCGAAGAAAGACUUGACAGUCGACAUUGCCUUUCCAGCAUUGCAGCUCUUUGGCAUGAUGACCUCUCAGCUUCGAGAGCUUCCCAAUCUCAUCAUCUCGUUGAUCAAUGCUUGGGUAGCAGCUGGCCGAAUUGAAGAUUUCAUGGCCGAGGAUGACCUGCAGGAGAUGGCGACCGAAGCGUUGAUCGGCGACAAACUUGCCUUGGAUCACGCAUCGUUUGCAUGGCCCGGCUCUACUACCCCGGUCUUGAAAGAGAUUAACAUCUCUUUCCCAGAAGGUCUGACGGUCAUUUGUGGUCAAGUCGCAGCGGGCAAAACAGCACUGCUGCAAGCACUUCUGGGCGAACUAGACAUGCUCGACGGCCAACUCAUCCGCCCUCAGGAGCCAAUGGGAUACUGUUCCCAAACUCCUUGGUUACAAAGCAUGUCAAUAAGAGACAACAUUCUAUUCGAUGCACCGUAUGAGAGCGAGCGGUAUCGAACUGUUUUGGAUGCUUGCGCGCUGACGCCAGAUCUGGCCGAGUUCAAAGCCGGGGACCUGUCUCUGAUUGGAGAAAACGGAAUUGGGCUGAGUGGAGGCCAGAGGGCGAGAGUUGCACUUGCAAGAGCUGUAUAUAGCAGAGCGGGCAUUCUUCUCCUGGACGACCCACUGGCUGCACUGGAUCAACAAACUGCCGAGGCCAUUGUACGGGAGUGUAUCAGGGGUCCUUUGUUGAAAGGUCGAACGACUGUGCUGAUUACGCAUCGUACGGACUUGGUCUUUGACUGCGCAGAWCAGAUCGUGAAAAUCGAAGGUGGAAGAGCAGAUGUCCUGGACCAAGACGCUCUUGCCGCCGAGAACACUCUGGCACCACAAGCAGCCAUGAAAUCAGAGGAAGAAGAGAUUGGCGAAGAAGUGAGGAAACAGAAGUCUACCGCUGCGAUUCCGGAGAAGUUUAUCGAGGAUGAAUUCCGGGCCUAUGGUGGCGUCAAGACCAGUGUCUACUGGCAGUACAUCAAAGCGGGAGAUUUGCGCUUGUGGGCGCUCACGGUCAUCAUCUUGGUCAUCUAUCGAUUCUUUGCGCUCGGGGAGACCUGGUUCCUCAAGGCAUGGGGCGAGGCUUACGAUCGGAAGGCCAGCAGCACCCCUCUCGGGGUCUUCAUGUCUGGAGGUGCUCACAAUCAUACCACAGACAUGGAAGUCUUUGGCCUCUUGUCACCUCAACUCUCGGCUUACGGCGACCCGAUCUUCCACACCCGUCAGGCUUCCGGCUCCUUCCUGUUCCAUGACCUACCAUCCCCAAGGGACAACAUCAAACCUUGGCWGGUUAUCUUCCUUCUCCUCGCUCUUGGCCAGUCCUUGUUCUUCAUCCUGUCCCAAGCGGUUCUACUAUGCAUAGUGUACACCGCAGCCAAGCACAUGUUCCAGGAAGUCAUGGAGAAGGUCGCCGGUGCCACUUUCCGCUUCUACGACACAACACCCGUCGGUCGACUGAUGAAUCGCAUGACCUCGGACAUUGGUGUCAUAGACGGCGGGAUCAGCCAACAGUUUGCUUCAAUCUCCUGGAUGUUGCUCAGCUGGCUGAGUGCUGUGGUGGUAAUUGCAAGCAUUACUCCAAUGUUCCUCAUCUUCACCAUCAUCCUGGCAGCCCUGUUCGUUCUGGUCUUCAGAACUUUCAUCCCGACAAGUCAGAGUCUGCGUCGAUUGGAAAUGGUGUCACUCACCCCUCUCAUGUCAAACUUUGGCGAGCUUCUCAAUGGACUUGCUACAGUGCGUGCCUUCAAUGCUCAAUCUCGCUUCCAAGACAGGGUAAUCCACGUCGUCGACACAUUCCAAAAGAUGGAUCAUUUCUACUGGAGCACCCAAGCCUGGCUCAUGUACCGCUAUGACAUCCUCUCAUCUCUGGCCACUUUCCUCCUUCUCGUCCUUGCACUCUUGACAGACCUCAGCCCCGGACUGACAGCAUUCGCCCUUGUCUCCGCAACCAAGUUCGUCAUCACAACGCAUGGACUGUGCAAACAGUAUGGCAAUCUCCAAAUGCAGUUCGUCAGCGUCGAGCGGGUCGUCGAGCUUCUUCACCUACAACAGGAGGAAAAGGGACACGUCGAACCGCCUGCAUGGUGGCCUUCCUGCGGAGGAGACAUCGAGUUCAAAGACGUCACAAUCAAGUAUGCGCAGCAUUUGGAUCCUGCACUGCACCAGGUCUCCUUCACCGUCAAAGGCGGCAGUAAGACCGCUGUUCUAGGCCGUACCGGCAGCGGGAAGAGCACACUAGCCCUCAGUCUGCUCGCCACCAUUCUCCCCAGCUCGGGAAGCAUCCUUAUCGAUGGCAUUGACCUCGCAGAAGUCGACAAACAGCUUCUUCGCACUAGAAUUACCUUCCUCGCACAGGAUCCAGUGCUCUUUCCCGGAACCAUGCGGGCGAACCUUGACCCGGUAGACGAGCACACAGAUGAGGAAUGCUCUACUGUCUUAUCCCGAGUCUGUGCUCGUCAAGGCUGGGAUCUGGCGACGAACAUUGAAAGCGGCGGCCGGAAUCUCAGCCAAGGACAGCGUCAACUUGUAGGUUUGGCGCGCGCAGUACUACGGAGAAGUGCAGUAAUCAUCUUGGAUGAAGCGACGGCGAGCAUCGAUCGUGCGACUGCCGAUCAGAUUCAAGAGGUGUUGAAGAAGGAGCUGGGUGGAAGCACAGUCAUCACUGUUGCGCAUCGGCUGGAGGCUGUCAAGGAUGCAGAUUUUUGCAUUGUGUUGGGCAAGGGCAGGGUUUUGGAGCAGGGAGAUGCGAGGGAGAUGUUGAGGGAAAGGAGGGAAGCGAUGGAGGAGUUGGAGGAUUAG